AUGAUAUAUACUGAAGAGUUGGAGAAAGAAGAAGAUAAAGAUAUGGUUAUGUUGCAUUUAGUCAGAAGAAACAACAAGAGCUUUUAUGACUUAGCUAAAAUAUAUAAAUCUGACAGAAACUGGUUCUAUCGUGAAAACUUACCGAUUUCAAUGACACCGAAUGAGCAAAUAAAGGAAAUUGUCAAAAAUACUCUUCCUCAAACACACUAUGACAUCAAAGGUUGCACAAUACUUACAUUCAAAGAAGACUUAACAUUACUGAAGGAAAAAAUAACAGAAUAUUUCGAUAACUUCAAAGAGGAAGAAUGA